AUGGGCGACAACGACAACGACAUGGUCACUCCGCAAUCGUUGGACCCUGCCGCAGGAGACCUAUCGACACAUGCCGCCGCAACUUCUCAGACUGAUGCUUCAGGCAACAAAGACGCAAAUAAUCCCUCGGACUCACGUCCAGAGUCACCCAGUGCGGACUCUCCUGACGAAUCUGGUGCGAAGACCUCUGCGCCAUUGCAGAAACGUCGGAGGGUGACUCGAGCCUGUGACGAGUGUAGACGGAAGAAAAUCAAAUGCGACGGCAAACAGCCUUGUACGCAUUGUACGGUAUACAGCUACGGUAAGCCCACUCCCGGAUCAAGUGCACGCUCGUCGAAUCUUGCUGACCUUGUCCCUGUAGAGUGUACAUAUGAUCAACCGUCAAAUCGCCGGCGAAAUCCUGCCCCUCAAUACAUUGAAGCUUUGGAGUCACGCCUACAAAAGGCGGAAGCCGUCUUGCGCACAGUCCUGCCGACCCUUGACCUAGACGACCCGAAAUUCGAUGCUCAUUCUAUCAAGCAGUUAGUCGAGUCCGCCCGCACCAUUCCUCGUCCCGAGCCCAAAGCAGCACCGGGGACACCGAAGCUCGAGGAUGAUGCUCAGUUGCAAUCAAUGGUCGAUCGUACCGGUGCUCUGGAUCUCGACGAUACUGGAAAUUGGGAUUUCCACGGCCACUCUUCAGGCUACGUGUUCAUGCGCAGAUUUCGAGCCCAGUUUGGAGACCAACUUCUUCCUGACUUCAAAACAUUAAACAAAAAUCGCACCAUAUCUCAAGUUCUGGAGUCUCCGAGAUCUGCACAAUCAUCUCCCUAUGACUUCAACCUUCCUGCUGCGAUCGACUUACCACCCAGGGAAGUGGCGAUUGAAUUAUGUUGCAACACUCUUGAUGACUGUUGCGCCUUAAUGCGACCCGUCCAUCGACCGACGUUCUUCAAACGGCUUUACGCACUCUACGAAACUGAACCGGAGCAGUACAACAAUGAACACGUUCAGUUCCUACCCCUUCUCUACGUUGUCAUGGCGGUGGGCUGCUUGUUCUCCAAGACCGAGGACGACAAUACCAUGCUCGAUAUCAAAGGCUACAAGGAGGCAACAGAACAAGGUUACCAAUAUUUCAAUUGCGCCAAACAAAUGCUGGACAUCACAGACUGCCGGGAUCUGGUCUCAUUACAGGCGAUCGUGUUCAUGAUCUUAUUUCUUCAAUCCACCGCAAAACUUCCGACUUGCUACGCCUACGUCGGUAUUGCCUUAAGAGCGUGUUGUCGCUUGGGAUUGCACAGAGUCGUCUCGCAUAAGUUCAAUCCCAUCGAACUGGAAGAGCGGAAAAGAGCAUUCUGGCUCGUUCGAAAGAUGGAUUCAUACGUCGGUGCUGUGCUUGGGCUUCCACAAAUGUUAAGCGACGACGACGCUGACCAAGAGUUCCCGACUGAAGUGGAUGAUGAAUACAUCACCGCAGAGGGCAUUCAAUCAAUGCCGGCAGGGGUAUUCCCACUUUUGAAAGCAACCAACGCUUCUACUCGGUUGACACACACUUUGCGCAAAGUGGUGCGAUACAUAUACCCAAUUAAAGGUUUGGACAGUGUGUCUUUAGACCAGCGGUACACCAUCAGCCACCGUCGAAUACGCGAACUGGAACGGGAUCUUCAAACUUGGAUGGAUGAACUACCUAUGGACUUGAGACCUUCAGAGAGCGCUAACAAGGAAUUAGCCAGGGUACAACAAUUACUUCGAAUCUCCUACGCUCACGUGCAAAUGAUGAUAUACCGACCUUUCUUACAUUAUGUCUCACAGGCAUGUCAAAGCAAGAAUGUCGAUAAGCGAAGUUUUGCUUGUGCGGCUGCUUGUAUCAGUGUCAGCCGGAAUAUCGUUCAUAUCACGAGCGAAAUGAAAAGAAGAGGCCUCUUGGUCGGAUCCUACUGGUUUGUUAUGUAUACCACCUACUUCGCCAUAUUAUCACUUGUAUUCUUUGUUAUCGAGAACCCUAACAGCCCUACCGGGCAAGACAUCCUGAAAGAUGCGACCGAAGGAAGAGAAACGCUCGCCAGUCUUGCGAAGCGGAGCAUGGCCGCGGAUAGAUGCACUCUCAGUUUAUCAGCGCUCUUUGAUGGAUUGCCGACCAAGUUACAAGAGCGGCGAAAUUCUACCAAACCUGUUCCUAGCACCUCUCGCAAACGACCUCCCCCCUCGGCUGAAACAAAGCAGGAGAAGCAACCAACAUCGGGAGUUGCCACUCCAAUCAGUCUUCGGGAGCCUACAGGCCCUCCGGCCCGAGCACGAACAUUCCCCUCCGAUUUUCUUGCAAAGAUCGCGAAACGAAAUUCGAUGCCUGAAGCUCCUGUGAUGGCGAAUUUUCACGACGGCGUCGCCCCGCAGCCUCCUAUGGCCGCCUUUGGAAGCCCUUCAACCGCUUCACCUAUAUCUCCAAGCCUUGACUAUACACCUCAAAUGGCAAAUGCCCAAAUCCCGGAUCUCAAAAACGUCAUGUUCCCAAGCGACAAUCCAUUUGCAUAUCCCAACCAACCGAUAAGUACCCUCGAGUCGUCGGACGGGCAGUUUUCGUUCCAAGACUCUGGGAUGGAUGCGUUUCCCGGGCCCAACGACCACUCCAUGUAUGAUACGCCAACAACAAGCGUUGGCCAAAUGCCACAGCCAUCACCUGCACCCAAUUAUGACUUUUCCUAUCAAAGAGCACUGAACGAGCAUCCAGGGCUGAUGCACGCCUACGGUGGGACCGCCAGCCACUUUAGCACACCUUUGACAGACAUAAUCAUGCAGAACACGUUCGCAGGCGACAACAGCCCCUCCCAUUUCACCCACAUGCCACAUCUCCAAGACCCGAUGACGACGGGGACCCCCGAGAUUUCAGAUCCAGGUAUCUCGCAGAAUUCAGACGAGUACUGGAAUCGACUGCACAAGAACGACGUGGGCAUGAGGACCGGCCUCACGCCCGGUGUUGAGUCGGGCCUGAACGAGUUCUACAACCCCGAGAGCUGGAGUGCAAAUUGGGGCACCGGCCAUCCUUUCCCUAACCCACAGUAG